GGUAAACAGUUCUCUGUCAGUGAAUAAAGUGGUGUGGACAGUAUCAGUGCUGUGUCAGUUUAAAACUUUAACUGUAAGUUAUAGUAGUUAACGGAUUCUUUUUUAAAUAAGUGGAGGUGUUUUCAGUAAGUUCAGCGGGCUUGGAAGGGCGUGGUCGGACUAGUUCACAAUGCCGUCACUAUCGCUGAAGAUAGUGCUGGAUGAGGGCGCCGUGACGCGCAAGGUGAAGUUCAACACCAACAUGACGGUGAAGCAGGCGCUGGCCGUCGUCAAGGACAAGGUCAUCGUGCCUGAUAAGGGGAAAGAAUACGCAUUAUUCCUUCGCUCCGCUGACGAUGACCUGACGGGCGUGUGGCUGGAGGACGACAGGACCCUGGACUACUACAUGCUGCGGGACGGAGACUCCCUCGACUACAUCUGCAGGGUCCGGACGCUGAGGGUCAAGCUGCUGGAUGACACGGUGAAGACACUUCAAGUGGACGAGGCGAAGACUGUGGGCGAGCUGAUGAUGAGCAUAUGUAACCGCAUCGGUAUCACCAAUUAUGAUGAGUACGGAUUGUGCCACGAUGAAGAAGAAGAGACAGAAGAGCCGAAAGAAGUAAAAGAAGGCACUGGCACCCUGACCCUCAAGAGGAAGCAAGCCAAGCAGGAGCGUGAUGCUGCACUGGAACAGCUCAGCAAGAAGCUGAAGACUGAUGAUAAUGUGGAAUGGCUGGACCUCCACCGGUCUCUCCGAGAACAGGGUAUAGACCCCAAGGAGACCCUGCUGCUGAAGAGGAGGCUCUACUACUCCGACCGUAAUGUAGACUCCAGGGAUCCAGUCCAGCUCCAUCUCCUGUACGUCCAAACCAGGGACACCAUCCUCAAUGGCACGCAUCCAGUUACUGAACAGCAAGCCAUUCAGUUCGCGGGUAUCCAGUGCCAGGUGCAGUUAGGAGACUACCAGGAGAAGAAACACAAGACAGGCUUUAUUGAGAAGCUCGAGGAGUACCUGCCGGCGCAGUACCUGAAUGCGUGGAACGUUGAGAAGAAGAUUGCGAAGGAGUUCGCGCAGCACCAGGGGCUGAGCGAGCUGGAAGCCAAGUUCCUGUACAUCAAGACUGCCAGAGCAUUGCCCACUUAUGGAGUCACCUUCUUUUUGGUUAAGGAGAAACAAAAAGACAAGAAGAAGCUGGUUCCUCGCCUGCUGGGCAUCAACUCCCACGCCAUCCUGCGCCUGGACGAGGUGACGAAGGAGAUCCUGCAGGAGUGGCCGCUCACCCAUGUGAAGACCUACCACGCUGGGAAGUCGCAGACCUUCACGCUCAACUUUGGAGAUUAUAGUGACAAGGAGUACAGUGUAAAAACACAAGAUUGCCACCGUAUCCGGGACAUCUUGGAGGCCUACAUCGACAUCAUCAGGCGCCGGAUGCUGGCCAAGCCGAGCCGGGACCCUGGGGAGUCCAUGGCCAUCUGCCACGACAAUAUCCAGCAGGGCACGAGUCACUUGAUCCAACAUGUGUCCAACAGCCCAUCGAAGAUGGUGACCGAGACGUUUGUCGGUCCCAACAAACUCAUCACCAGUGAACAUGGGUCACAGCCGCAGUCCGGUACAAUGAUCACGACGGUGCAGCAGUUGGUGGUCACUGACCAUCUUCAGAACCAGCAAAUGGCACUGAAAGGUGAGAUGCCACUCCGCGGCGACAUGUCCAAGGACUGCAUCAAGAAGCUGAACAGGAUGAACUCCAACUCUGUGAAGAUUGUAGGACUACUCACAGAUCCAACGGAGAAUGACUAUGAAGAAAUCCAGAACAUUGUGCGAGCUAUGAAAGAAGAUUUCCCAGAUAUCGACAAGGGUGUGAAAGAGACAGCAGACAAGCAAGCUAUCGAGGAUGCGAAGAAGAUGCUGCUUGAUGAACUCCACGACCUGAACAACUUCAUGAAAAAGUUGGAGGCUGCUACUGCACCUGGAAAUAUCGGUCGUGAAGGUGCGAAGGAUGCGGCAGAGAACAUAGCAGACCUCACUACACAGAUAUACUUCUCUCUAGACCCCAAGACCAGGAGACGCAGCGAACUGAUCAGGCGUUCUCGGAACAAGAUGAAGGCAGGCGAGAAGUCGGAACAGAGCAUGCGCCGUGCAUCGUUCCUGGCGGCUGCAAACUCCGCGCAGCAUGCACUGGACAGCGCUGUGGAGACGCUGUAUGAGGACUAUACGGGUCCAAAGCCGGAUGCUGCUGAGCGUAUGAAGUUGGAGAAGGCGCUAGAGGAUAAAAUGGGCAAGCUCAAUGCUGCUAUAGCACUGUACCUAACUGCACAUUCUGACCCUGAGAACAUCGACUACGCUUCUGCCAUCAACUCCAUGAAUGCCAUCAACGAACUGAUGCCUGAAAUAGCCAAAGACACACAAAUCCUAGCGAGUACGUUGGCGCCGUCGUCUCGUGAGCAGUUGCUGGACGACAUGCAGGAGCUGUGCAACGCCACCAGGGCCGUCUGCGGCACCACCAGCGCUGAGGAUCAUGCGAAAAUGCAAGAAGCUACGAACCAGUACGCGGGUAUCGCCGGCAAGCUGAUAUCUACCUUCGCACGAGGAACUAAUGCCGACAAGGAACAUGAGAUAAUAGAGUUGGCGAAGGACGUUGGAGCCAAGACAUCGCUCCUGCUGGUGUCCACCAACGAGCUGACGUGUCAGGCAGCCUCCGAGCCUGCUGCGGCUGACGUGGACACUGCCGGAGUGAGGGUCGCAGGAGCUGCUACCGACCUUAUUGCUUGUGCACAGUUAACUGCCCCAGCGAUCCACGAGCCUCACUGCCAGAGUGCGCUGACAGCAGCCUGCGAAGGUAUCAGCUCCUCCGUGCACCAGCUGGAGACCGCCUGGCGGCCACUGCUAGAGGACCAGACCAGGCGGCCCAUGAAUGACCAGCUGCACUCCAGGGUCGUGGAUGUGGGGAAGGCGUUGGAGAGGCUGAAGGAUGCCUAUGCUAAUUUGGAAGGUACAGGUGUCGACGACGAUGACUCGUCACUUCCGGCACAAGAGCGGAAGCGGCUCAAGUUCAUCACGACCAUGAAUGGAGCUAAGGGCAGACUGCGAGGUGUCGAGGAUUUGUGGAACCAGCAAUCGGCGACUGGCGCUCCGUCGAACGAGCAGAAGGCAGAGGCUCAGCGUCGCAUGGAGCAGAGCAUGGCGCAGCUGAAUGCUGCCAUCGCCGCACUGGCUGCCGCUACUGCUGACCGAGAGAACCCAGACUACGCGACUGCGGAGCUGGCGAUAGCUACCAUAUCGGAGCUGAUGCCACAAAUUGUUAAAGACGCAGAGAUAGCGAGCUCCGACAAGGACGAGGCGACGCGCAACGCCAUGCAGAACAACAUUCGCGCCCUCUGUGAGGCCACGAGGAAGAUUUGCGAAGGAGACGGCUACAAACACGUUGACGGUGAGGAAGCUGCCACCUUCGCGGCUGCAUCUGGCAAGCUGCUGUUCCUCAUCAGCCCCGGAGCUGAUAAAGGAAGGCAGAAGUUUAUCAUGGAAGAGGCGGCAAUAGCACAAGAACACGCGGCUCAGCUGGUGGCAGGCGCUCAUCGGCUGCAGAACCAAGUCCCAGAACACACAGCAGCUGAGCUGGGCAGCCGGGCUGCUCGGACUGCUGACGCUGCUAACGCGCUGGGGGCUGUGGCACAGGUUACUGCCCCAAGCAUCUCUUCACCUCGUUGUCAAGACGCUCUGAGCUCUGCAGCCUCUCAGCUCCUAGGGUCUGCAGACUCAUUGACGUCAGCCUGCCAGCUGCAGGCGCAUGAACAACCGGAGUUGCAGGCGCAGUGUGCAGUCUUAACCGACACACACCAGCAACUAGCUGACAGUCUACACAGACUGACUGAUGCCUGCAAUGUAGGACAAGGCGGUCAUUCUAUGAAGGAGCCUUCAGCGCAGCAGGAGAGGAAACGUCUUCAGUUCGUGAAGGGCACGGCUGCAGCCAAACAACGCCUGGACGCUGCAGCACAGCAGCUUAACAAGCCCAUGAGCUGUCACAUGAUGGAGGAAGGUCAUGCCGCAGCGCUAGGACAGAAACUCAACGACCGCCUAGCUCAGCUUAAUGCAGCUGUUGCAGCACUCGCAGCCGCCACAUCAGAUCGCGAGCACCCAGACUACGAGGCUGCCGAAAAAGCAGUGAACUCCAUUUCACAAAUAAUGCCACAUCUGAUACAAGAUUCUCAAAUGCUAUGCGGCACGAAGUCAGACGCGGAGCAGGCGGCCAUGUUGCAGGAGCUGCGCGCGCUGUGUGAGGCCACGCAGGAGCUGUGUGACAAUGCUGGACAGGCUCAGGGUGUGGGAGAUGCUAUUGCCAAAUACACAGACGCAUCGACAAAGUUGGUGUACUGCGCCACUCCUCGAGCUGACAAUGAGAUGGAGAAUGAGAUUCUUGGUUUGACAACGGAUGCUUGUGGCAAGGCAUCGGAGCUGCUGAGCCAGGUGCAGCAGCUGACGGAGCGCGUGGCAGAUGCAGGCGCAGCCGCGGAGCUGGACCGCUGCGGGGCCAGCGCUGCAGAUGCCGCGCAGGCACUGCUCACUGUCGCACAAGCUACUGCAUCGACCAUGGAUAGUCCUUGUUGCAAAGACCAGCUGAUCUCAGCGGCGCAGAAGCUGCGUGGCUGCGCGGACGAGCUGACGGCGUCGUGCGAGCCUCACACAGCUCAGCUCCCGGACGCACGCCGCCAGCUCGGCGCCUCGCACCGACAGCUUGCUGACAGUCUUGACAAACUGGUGCAGGCUUGUAAGAAAAUACCAGAAGCUUCUCAGAGCAGCGUGUCACAACCUCAGAGAGAGAAGCAGCGACUCAAGUUCAUGAACAGCUUGACGGGAGCCAGGAACCGACUCUACGACUCCGAGCAACAGCUCAAACAGCCAUUGCCAAAGCAUCAGCUGACCCCUGAACAGGCAGCAGCUUUAGAACAGAGGCUGUCGCAGCGUCUGGCGCAGCUUAACGCUGCAGUGGCUGCACUUGCUGCUGCUAAAGACGACCCUAAGAACCCAGACUGGAUAGCUGCAGAACAGGCUGUGAAGGAAAUAUCUGAACUAAUGCCGCUCAUUGUACAAGAUUCCCGCCAAUUAUCAAGCACGAAGGAUGGAGCCGGCCAGGCGGCCAUGUUGGAAGAACUGAAGGCUUUAAGCCACGCCAGCCGCAGUCUGUGUGAAAACUCCGAAACUGAUCCUACAAUAAGUACAAAGGAUUUCCAUAAGGCGGCCAGCAAACUGAAGUUUAUUGUAAGCCCUACUUCUGACAAAACCAAGGAAAAACAGGUAGUGGAGCUAGGAAAGGCAGCAUGCAAGCAGGCGGAACGUCUAGCACUUAACGCACAGACUGCCUGCCCUGCGCAGGCGCCGCUAGCCUCGCGCCUACAGGAGGCCGCUGGUAGCUUGGACUCUGUGGUACAGGCCACAAGUCCCAGCCCAUCAGACCCAAGAUGUGGAGCAGCAGUUAAGUCGUCUGCAGACAACGUGCGCCACUGUGCAGAACAGCUCACGUCUUCCUGUGAGCCACCGCUGAUGAUGCGACCAGAAGCCUGGCAACAACUGCUGUCCUGUCAGAGACAGCUGACGAAUGACCUUGACAAACUCGUCCAGGCUUAUCAACCCGAAGUUAGCGGUCCCAUUGGCACCGGUUCAGGGCACCAAGAACAACAACGUCUCAAGUUCAUCAACAGUGCGUCUGGUGCGAAGGGUCGUCUGAAUGCAGUUGACAAAAUGCUGAAAGAGCCGUUGGUGUGCCAGCUGAUGAAGGAAGAUGACGGCGCGGCACUACAGCGCAGGCUCGGGGCGCGCGUGGCGCAGCUCAACGCCGCCGUGGCCGCGCUCACUGCUGCCACCGCAGACCGCGAGCACCCUGACUACGCGGCGGCAGACCAGGCCAUUCAGCAAAUUGCCCAACUCAUGCCGCAAGUGGUACAAGAGUCCCGCACGCUAUGCGGCACGAAGUCAGACGCGGAGCAGGCGGCCAUGUUGCAGGAGCUGCGCGCGCUGUGUGAGGCCACGCAGGAGCUGUGUGACAAUGCUGGACAGGCUCAGGGUGUCAGUGACGCUGCCGCCAAGUUCUCCGCGGCGUCAGGCAAGUUGGUGUACGUCGUCAGCCCCAAGACACAGGAUGCUCACGAGAAACAGGUACUGGCCCUGGCCGCCACGUCGUGUGGCAAGGCGUCGGAGCUGCUGAGCCAGGUGCAGCAGCUGACGGAGCGCGUGGCAGAUGCAGGCGCAGCCGCGGAGCUGGACCGCUGCGGGGCCAGCGCUGCAGAUGCCGCGCAGGCACUGCUCACUGUCGCACAAACGACAGCACCGACUAUCAACGACCCUCAGUGCCAGAAACAGCUGAUCUCAGCGGCUCAGAAGCUGCGUGGCUGCGCGGACGAGUUGACGGCGUCGUGCGAGCCUCACACAGCUCAGCUCCCGGACGCACGCCGCCAGCUCGGCGCCUCGCACCGACAGCUUGCUGACAGUCUCGACAAACUGAUACAGACUUGUCGAUCAGUACCACGUGGUACCCUAGGCGGCGUCAGUUCAGAGCAGCAAGAACAGCAACGUCUCAAGUUCAUCAACAGUGCAUCUGGUGCGAAGGGUCGUCUGAAUGCAGUUGACAAAAUGCUGAAAGAGCCGUUGGUGUGCCAGCUGAUGAAGGAAGAUGACGGCGCGGCACUACAGCGCAGGCUCGGGGCGCGCGUGGCGCAGCUCAACGCCGCCGUGGCCGCGCUCACUGCUGCCACCGCAGACCGCGAGCACCCUGACUACGCGGCGGCAGACCAGGCCAUUCAGCAAAUUGCUCAACUCAUGCCGCAAGUGGUACAAGAGUCCCGCACGCUAUGCGGCACGAAGUCAGACGCGGAGCAGGCGGCCAUGUUGCAGGAGCUGCGCGCGCUGUGUGAGGCCACGCAGGAGCUGUGUGACAAUGCUGGACAGGCUCAGGGUGUCAGUGACGCUGCCGCCAAGUUCUCCGCGGCGUCAGGCAAGUUGGUGUACGUCGUCAGCCCCAAGACACAGGAUGCUCACGAGAAACAGGUACUGGCCCUGGCCGCCACCUCGUGUGGCAAGGCAUCGGAGCUGCUGAGCCAGGUGCAGCAGCUGACGGAGCGCGUGGCAGAUGCAGGCGCAGCCGCGGAGCUGGACCGCUGCGGGGCCAGCGCUGCAGAUGCCGCGCAGGCACUGCUCACUGUCGCACAAACGACAGCUCCGACUAUCGAAGACCCUCAGUGCCAGAAACAGCUGAUCUCAGCGGCGCAGAAGCUGCGUGGCUGCGCGGACGAGCUGACGGCGUCGUGCGAGCCUCACACAGCUCAGCUCCCGGACGCACGCCGCCAGCUCGGCACCUCGCACCGGCAGCUUGCUGACAGUCUUGACAAACUGAUACAGACUUGUCGAUCAGUACCUCGUGGUACCCUCGGCGGUGUCAGUUCAGAGCAACAAGAACAACAACGUCUCAAGUUCAUCAACAGCGCAUCUGGUGCGAAGGGUCGUCUGAAUGCCGUUGACAAAAUGCUGAAAGAGCCGUUGGUGUGCCAGCUGAUGAAGGAAGAUGACGGCGCGGCACUACAGCGCAGGCUCGGGGCGCGCGUGGCGCAGCUCAACGCCGCCGUGGCCGCGCUCACUGCUGCCACCGCAGACCGCGAGCACCCUGACUACGCGGCGGCAGACCAGGCCAUUCAGCAAAUUGCUCAACUCAUGCCGCAAGUGGUACAAGAGUCCCGCACGCUAUGCGGCACGAAGUCAGACGCGGAGCAGGCGGCCAUGUUGCAGGAGCUGCGCGCGCUGUGUGAGGCCACGCAGGAGCUGUGUGACAAUGCUGGACAGGCACAGGGUGUCAGUGACGCUGCCGUCAAGUUCUCCGCGGCAUCGGGCAAGUUGGUGUACGUCGUCAGCCCCAAGACACAGGAUGCUCACGAGAAACAGGUACUGGCCCUGGCCGCCACCUCGUGUGGCAAGGCAUCGGAGCUGCUGAGCCAGGUGCAGCAGCUGACGGAGCGCGUGGCAGAUGCAGGCGCAGCCGCGGAGCUGGACCGCUGCGGGGCCAGCGCUGCAGAUGCCGCGCAGGCACUGCUCACUGUCGCACAAACGACAGCACCGACUAUCAACGACCCUCAGUGCCAGAAACAGCUGAUCUCAGCGGCUCAGAAGCUGCGUGGCUGCGCGGACGAGCUGACGGCGUCGUGCGAGCCUCACACAGCUCAGCUCCCGGACGCACGUCGCCAGCUCGGCGCCUCGCACCGACAGCUUGCUGACAGUCUUGACAAAUUAAUGCAAACUUGUCGAUCAGUGCCACAUGAUACCAUAGGCGGCGUCAGUUCAGAGCAACAAGAACAACAACGUCUCAAGUUCAUCAACAGUGCGUCUGGUGCGAAGGGUCGCCUGAAUGCAGUUGACAAAAUGCUGAAAGAGCCGUUGGUGUGCCAGCUGAUGAAGGAAGAUGACGGCGCGGCACUACAGCGCAGGCUCGGGGCGCGCGUGGCGCAGCUCAACGCCGCCGUGGCCGCGCUCACUGCUGCCACCGCAGACCGCAAGCACCCUGACUACGCGGCGGCAGACCAGGCCAUUCAGCAAAUUGCUCAACUCAUGCCGCAAGUGGUACAAGAGUCCCGCACGCUAUGCGGCACGAAGUCAGACGCGGAGCAGGCGGCCAUGUUGCAGGAGCUGCGCGCGCUGUGUGAGGCCACGCAGGAGCUGUGUGACAAUGCUGGACAGGCUCAGGGUGUCAGUGAUGCUGCCGCCAAGUUCUCCGCGGCGUCAGGCAAGUUGGUGUACGUCGUCAGCCCCAAGACACAGGAUGCUCACGAGAAACAGGUACUGGCCCUGGCCGCCACCUCGUGUGGCAAGGCAUCGGAGCUGCUGAGCCAGGUGCAGCAGCUGACGGAGCGCGUGGCAGAUGCAGGCGCAGCCGCGGAGCUGGACCGCUGCGGGGCCAGCGCUGCAGAUGCCGCGCAGGCACUGCUCACUGUCGCACAAACAACAGCUCCGACUAUCAACGACCCUCAGUGCCAGAAACAGCUGAUCUCAGCGGCGCAGAAGCUGCGUGGCUGCGCGGACGAGCUGACGGCGUCGUGCGAGCCUCACACAGCUCAGCUCCCGGACGCACGCCGCCAGCUCGGCGCCUCGCACCGACAGCUUGCUGACAGUCUCGACAAACUGAUACAGACUUGUCGAUCAGUACCACGUGGUGCUCUAGGCGGCGUCAGUUCAGAGCAACAAGAACAGCAACGUCUCAAGUUCAUCAACAGUGCGUCUGGUGCGAAGGGUCGUCUGAAUGCAGUUGACAAAAUGCUGAAAGAGCCGUUGGUGUGCCAGCUGAUGAAGGAAGAUGACGGCGCGGCACUACAGCGCAGGCUCGGGGCGCGCGUGGCGCAGCUCAACGCCGCCGUGGCCGCGCUCACUGCUGCCACCGCAGACCGCGAGCACCCUGACUACGCGGCGGCAGACCAAGCCAUUCAGCAAAUUGCCCAACUCAUGCCACAAGUGGUACAAGAGUCCCGCACGCUAUGCGGCACGAAGUCAGACGCGGAGCAGGCGGCCAUGUUGCAGGAGCUGCGCGCGCUGUGUGAGGCCACGCAGGAGCUGUGUGACAAUGCUGGACAGGCUCAGGGUGUCAGUGAUGCUGCCGCCAAGUUCUCCGCGGCGUCAGGCAAGUUGGUGUACGUCGUGAGCCCCAAGACACAGGAUGCUCACGAGAAACAGGUACUGGCCCUGGCCGCCACCUCGUGUGGCAAGGCAUCGGAGCUGCUGAGCCAGGUGCAGCAGCUGACGGAGCGCGUGGCAGAUGCAGGCGCAGCCGCGGAGCUGGACCGCUGCGGGGCCAGCGCUGCAGAUGCCGCGCAGGCAUUGCUCACUGUCGCACAAACGACUGCUCCAACAAUCAGCGACCCUCAGUGCCAGAAGCAGGUGAUCUCAUCCGCGCAGAAGCUGCGACGCUGCGCCGACGGGCUCAUAGCCACGUGCGAGCCGCACACAGCUCAGCUACCGGACACCCGCCGACAACUUGGCUCCUCACAUCGCCAGCUUGAUGAAAGUCUUGAUAAAUUGGUGCAAGUAUGCCACUCCGCUUCUGGUGCUGACGUGGUGCUGUCUCCUCAGCAAGAGCAGCAACGUUUGAAGUUCGUGAACUCCAUGUCUGGAGCCAAGAGUAGGCUGGACACAGCAGAGCAACAGAUGAAGAAACCGGUCAUAGUCAAACCACUGCAGCAGGCAGAUACUGCAGUUUUGCAGCAACAACUGUCCCGGCGUCUGGCGCAGCUCAACGCAGCUCUGGCUGCCCUGGCUGCCGCUACCCAAGAUGGCAAGAACCCAGAUUACCCGGCAGCAGAACGGGCAGUCACCACAGUAAUCGAGCUAAUGCCAGAAAUCGUUCAAGACUCCCACAAGAUAUGUGGCACGAAGGAGCCAGCGGAACAGGCGGCCAUGAUGGAGGAGCUUAGAGAGCUGUGUGAAGCCAGUCGCACCAUUUGUGAUAGUGCGGGACAUCCUAUUAAAUUAAACGAAGCUUCCGCGAAGUUGGCGGAUGCUUCUAGUAAGCUGCUCUACAUAGUCAGUCCAGAAGGCAAGCGCCCAGGAGAUGCUACCCGUGGUCCAAAACCAGCAGUGCAGCCUCGCAAACCAGCCGUACCAGCGCGAGACUCCAAGCAUACUGUGGCUAAAGCAGUGCGCUCAGGACAGGCACCUGAAGCACAGAGCUUCCUUGAUGCCAUGCGUGCAGAGGAAUCUGGAGGCCUCGUCAAAACUUCCAAGACUGCUGAGGAAGAGAAGCUUGCACGUAAGGAAUUCUCGCAUAUGAUUGAGAAUGCUGAAAGGGGGCUGAAAUCUGCAGAAGAAGGACUUCAAACGCUAUAUAAAACAAAGAACGCGACAACUGCUGGUCAGUCCCUACCAGCCCUGGAAGUAGUCAGGAGAGAGCAGCACAUGGAAGACACCCUCGCUAAGGCUGGCAUCGAAGUGGCUGCACUGGUGUCUGCUAAUUAUGCAGACAAGCUGGACUACAAAGCUGCAAUGAAGCCUACUUUGUCGCUCACGGAGUCUGUCAGAAGCGUUGUCAACGAUGGUAGCGCAAUCUGCUCUUCUAUGCCUGAUGAUGCUCGCAAGAAGUUCUUGGAAGACAUGAUCGGACUCUGCCAAUCAACCAAAAUCUUAUGUGACACCGCCAAGUCUGAUAAAGAAAAACUGAACGACGCGGCGAUAGUUUUCGGAGACCAGUCCGUCAAAUUAUUACGUGUGGUCAGCUGUAAUGUGGAUCCUGCCCUGGAGAAGGAGGCUAUAUCACGAGCUAAAGCUAUAGGCGAUGCUGCAUCCAGGCUGGCUCUGGAAGCCACGAGCUUGGCCAGUAGCACUAGUGAGACGAACAAUCCCGGGACUGCGGACUCGCAGGUCCGGGACAUUUGUGCUGCCGGCACUAGCUGCGUCGACUCUGCCGGGAAACUCGUCUACACCGCUAAGCUCAUUGCGCCCACAAUACACCACGAGACCUGCCAGGAUGCCCUGGUAUCCUCAGCAGACAACCUAUCAUCAUCCCUCACCACGUUCAGCAACACCCUGGCUCCUCUUGCCUCGACCCAGCAUCCUAACGUCCAGAAACUGUUGGGAGAAGCUGGUCAUCUUGAGAAGCUGGUAGAAAAGUUGAGGAAAGAUGUAAGAGCUGGUAAAUUUGGCAAGAGGAGGGAGGUAGACCCUGUAGUGGACCUGGACUUCCCCUUGAGGAAUUUGACUGAGAAGAUCAUUGAGAAUGCUAAGAACAUGGUACGAGACGACACCAUGGACGCGCAGACCAAGAAGCAGUACAAAGAUUACUGCGGGAAGCUGGAAGAGGCUCUGCGCGCUCUGGACCUGGCCAACGCGCGGUACCAACGAGCGCCUCAUGACCAUAACAAACGCGAUGAGUUCGAGAUGAACAUUGACGAGCUGCAGAUGACAGUGCUGCAGGCCAGACCUGCUAGAGCUGGGCAGGAACAGAACAAUAUUGUGGACUUCAGGGACUUCUUGCAAGACCUGGUGAACGAAGCUGGAACCCUUGAGAAGACGGUCAGGAAGAACGAGGGUCCUAUAGGCAAGAGGACCAGCGAGGACAUCAAAAUGCUGUGCAGUAAAAUAAGCGAGGAUGCGUCGAGGUUAUUGAACCCGAGUGACAACUUCGGUGAUGGUGUCACCGUUAUGAACACUGUCGAUGAUAUUCUUGAUAUCGACUUGUUUGGACAGGAGUGUGAUACUCUGGUGAAGGAGAUAAAUAACUCCAUCCAAGGCGUCCAGGAUCAGAAGACGCGACAGGAACUCCUCGCCAAGUCACUGCCGAUGUUGGAGAGCUGCUACUUGUUGAGAUUUGCAACAAAUAGUCAUAUAAUGGCUACCCAGAGUUCAGCAUACAACGAGAUUAUACAGAAUCUGGACGAGUUCAAGAGUACCACAAUGAGCACGUUGGCUAAGGAAGCUGCCAAGAAGAGCACCAAGCAGACCAAGUCGUACUCGAGUGCGCUGGGCUCACAGUGCUGCCAGGCCCGCGCCAGCUCGCGCCUGGUGGCGGCCGGGCAGCGCGCCGCGCGCGGCGACCCGCACGACCUCGUGCGCGCCGUCACACACUAUGCCGUCUCCAGCGCUGCACGACCACCUGUGGUCACAAUGGAACAGGCUUACGAAGUCCCUAAACGGGCACAAAUGAUGACGAUGUCGGAUCAAGUCGAGGACGUACCCUUGGAACUGGAGAAACAUGUCGAAAAAGAGAAUAGAUACUUUGCCACUAUGAGUAGGAUAGUGGAUACGACACAUGGGAUCACGAGUGCUCACAAAGUCUGUGCACCAAGCAUUUAUAUUGGUGUCUACCCACAAAACAAUAAAGCAAACAAACAUCUAAAGGAACUAAGUGAGCUGGAUUACAAGCUCUACCCAAAACAGGUCUCGACCCAGGUACUGAAUAGCGACGACAUCGACAGGCUGCUACUAUGCCCCCGAGAAACCGUGGAGGGGACUCCCAAGCAACUGGAAGAGAAGCUGCAGCAGUUGUCGUCGAAGCUGAGUUCGAUGGGCAGCUCGGUGGUGCUGAGCGUGAGCAGCCCCAGCAGCCUGGCGCGCAGCCUGCACGCUGCUGCUCAGUCGGCUGUGCAGCUCGCCAACACUGCGCGCGCAUUAGCUGAUAAAAAGAGACCAGCCCAAUGCAAGCUGAUCGAAGAUGCUGCACAUGAGAUGUGUCUCUCUACCUAUAGCCUGCUGAAGACUUCUGAACUAGUCUGUCAGGAACCAAACCAUCACGACGCCAAGAGGAAGCUGCUGGAAGCGUGCCGUCACCUGAACGACUCCAUCAACAAACUGGUGCGUAGUACAGCCACAGGGAAGAAGACGGCGGUGGGCCGUGCGUGCGGCGAGGCGGGGCGCAGCCUGGCGCUGCACCGCGGCAUGCUGCAGGCUGCACCGCGCCCGCCGCUCGCCUCCUCCUAUGCACUCAGCGUGCACACCAUGCAGUCCCAGCGAGAUGUGCUCAAUAAACUGAACAGCGACGAGGCGAUGUCCCGCGAGGAGUUCUUGAAGAGCAUGAACUAUGCCGUGACCGCCGUCAACAACAGCGCGGAGUGCGCUGCGCAGGCUGCCUACCUGAUAUCCGUAUCAGACCAAGAUAAGUCAAUUGGUCUGAAAGGCCCGGUGGACGUUGGCAAGCUGCAGAAGGCCAUCCAGGCGGUCGAGGAGACCUGCAUCUCCAUCAUCACCACCAAUGACGAUAUACAGUUGGUUGAAGAGCAGAAAGCUCUUAACGGUCACAUUAAGGAUCUGAAGGACGCCAUGAAGGAUGCUGUGGAGAAGACGAAGGAAGGGGAACUGCAAGCCAUGCUGAAGGAGUGCACCAAUGAGCUGCUGAACUCUCACCUUAGGCUGGACCAAGCCAUAGAAGCUAACUUUGGAGACAAGGAGGUAAUUACAUCAAAGGUAGCGGAUUUGAUGCACGACGUGAGCAACGUUGCCUGCUUGGCGGAACACCCUGAUCUGGUGCCCGUCGCCACCGACAUCUCUGCUGAUACCCAGAAACAUGUAGACGAGAUUGUCAAGAAUUCACUCACUCUCCUCUCAAACACGGAGGAUCUGGUGAAACAAGUGAAGGCGGCCCCUGAGGAGCCGGAGACCAUGAAGUGGGUGAUGUUCAACAAGAGGAAGGAUGUGCUGGACGCCUUCGAGAACCUUCUGAAGAGUGUCAGGGCCAGCGGUGAACGUGUGAACCUUCUAGAAGCUGCAGUAGAGGAGCCAGAGGAAGAGAAGAAGAGUUAUGUGGAAACACAGUUCGACUUAGCUUCCAAAUGGCUUUCGAAGCCGAUGUGCAAGCCGGAGGUGAAGGCGAAGGGACAGGAGGCAGUGCGCAACCUCGUGGAGGUGGCUAAUAAGGUGGCAGAAGAUCUGCAAGGCUCAGACAAGGAAGACAUGAGGAACCUGAUUGUGGAGACGGAACAGCUGCUGAAGGACUGCAGCCAGAAAUAUGACCACGAGCAGUACAGUGUGCUACUGGAGCGUGUCCGAGAGCUGAAGAAGGGGGUGUCGCGAGGAGUGGUCUCCAAGCUGGUGCAGGACUUCAUGCAGGCUGAGGAACCUCUCGCUGACCUUGACCUCAUCGCCGAGUAUGAACAAGACGAGUCCAAACGCAAGUUUAUGCUGGAGAAGAAGAUAGCCGAGCUGCUGGCACAGCUGGGCAGGGUGACCGGCACCGCGCGCCUCGUCGCGCACACUCACGCGCACCGCGCACACGACAUCAACCAGUGCAGCCAACAGACCGAGUUGCUGGCUCCAAUGCUAGUGAAAGCUGCUCAGGAAAGAAUUGCGCGUCCUGACGACAAGGCUGUAAUAGAGAACUACAAAUCACUGCUGGCCAAGUAUGCGGAGUCGAUGUCCAAGAUUCGAGACCUGUGCGACCAAUCUGUUGACCCCAUGGAGUUCGUCCAGACUGCCGGUGAGACGAUAGAGCGCAUGCGCGAGGAGUCGUCCACACACAACGACCCGCUGCACAACGCACACACAUCCACUGCCAUCUCCAAGUUGGCCAACCGCGUGAUCCACGUGGGCAUGUCGUCGAGCACGGCGCGCCGCGACCCCGAGCUGCAGCGCGCGCUGGCCGAGGCGCAGCACCAGCUGGCCGCCGCCACGCCCGCGCCAGACACGCGCGCCAGCAGGAUGCCAGACUUCAAGGACACCACUGCCAGGAUUCUACAAGCAACCGAGGAGGUGGAGUCCCUGCUGUGUGGAGAGACCAUCUUCAAGCAACAGCCUACACAGGACCAACCCAUCUUUAACGAAGCAAUGAACCUACACGUGGCUAUCCGCGACUGGUCCUCCCGCGACAAUGAGAUCGUGGCGGUGGCCAAGCGGAUGGCGGUCCUCAUGGCCAAGCUGUCCAACUUCAUGAAUAAUGACAAGCAACGCGAGGUGCUGGCGACGUCAAAGUCGAUAGUGUCGGAGUCCCACGAGGUGGCGCGCCUGGCCAAGAAACUUGCGCACGAGUGUACCGACCAUAGGAUCAAGACGAACUUACUGCAAACCUGCGAGAGGAUCCCCACCAUCAGCGGCCAGCUCAAGAUGUUGACCACCGUCAAAGGAUUCUCGCUCGGAAGACAUGGUACUGAGGAAGACAAGGAGGCGAUGGACAUGCUCGUGGGCAACGCGCAGAGUCUCAUGUUGAGUAUACAAGACGUGGUGAAGGGCGCAGCGAGUGCCUCAGUGAAGAUAAUGUCACAGCGCGGGCCGCGCAUGAAGUGGGUGCGGAAAACUGUCUACUGACACCCCUAGCCAUUACAUAGCGUUACUAUUAUGACAUAUUAUGUUAAUUACAUUCCUUUAUUAAGAUAUUAAAUGUAUUAAGUAUACAAAUAGAUAUGGGUAAAAUAAA